AGAAGAGGGGUGAUUGGAUAGUGUUCCAGCAGACAUUCGCUGACACCCUCCGGAGGCAGGGUAGACUAAGGCACAAAAGGUCAUCCUUUGCGCUCCGCCCCCGGAUCUUCUCUGUCCCACAUGGUCCCAGUUACUUCCAGUUAUUGUCUGAGUGAAUAACUUCACGACCGGUGCGCUAUCGUUUCAAACAACGACGCCGAUUCGUCAGACAUGUAUAAGCCUCAGUUCUCCUUCCUGCCUGGGACCAACCACCUGAGGCUUCACGCCAGCAGUGAGGCUGCUGCAGCAGCCCUGCAGGAGAGGAAAGCAAGCAGCAGAGGGAAGCAGCCUGUGAAAUCCACCCAGGAGGUGGAGGUCGUGGCACAAGGACGAGUCAGGGCCCUAGGGGGGGAUCCCACAGACCCACGCUGCAUCCUUAGUCAAAUGGAGGUGCAGUUUGGUCUGUACAGGGGACACACCUUCCAGUGGCUGCUGACCCAUGAUCUCGGCUACACAGCGGGACUGUUGGCGAGCCACGUGGCAGAGCGUGAGGCAGGACACAGCAGCAGCAGCCCCCUGCUGUGCAAUAAAGACGCUCUGCUGGAGUAUGCACAGCUCUUUGAUGAAGUAGCUGCUGCCAUAGUGGAUAAGAGGAGGACACUGAUAGGGGGCACUGAUUCAGAGGGCGACCGGCUGGUGGGCUUCAGUGAAUACAGCUCCGUCACUUACAGGGAGCUGUAUGAAAGCUCAGACCCACAAAUAAGCAGCGAUAGGAGAUGGAUCAGGGGGAUGCAGGUUCAACAUGCUGGCUCCCGACUCAGUCAGGGGAAAACGUAUGUGCUGAGGAGGGACAGGGCGCAACAACCUGCUGCAUCCUCUGUUGCUUCCACCCCCAGCCCGGCAGCAUGCUCCAGCAGGGCCGACAGCCAGGCCAGCUGCACCACGAGGGCUCUUUCACCUUCCCCUCAGCACCAGCCCUCCAUUCCAAGGAAGAAGAGAGCCAUGGUUAUUUACAGUUCCUCGGGGGAAGGUGACGAGCUGAUGGUGGAAGCUGCUUCUGCUGUUGAGCAGGAGCUGUCUCCUUCAGCAUCUUCCUCUGCUGAAAAACCCAGCGCUUCUGCUGCCCAGGUUGUCCCGUUUGAGUCCUGGAAGAGCAGCCUUCCUCGUGAGCAACAGGAAUGGCUGAGCAAAGCCCUGUUUGUCAAGGACUGGACAGGCAGGGCUGUCCUGUCUAAUGAGCUGCAACUGUGGUACCACCCACCAGGCCCCCGCCUCAUCUACAGCCAGCGUCCCUCCUCACCUGAUGCCUUUUUCCAGCGCCCGUUCUUCCUCUGGGCUCCGUAUCGCAUUUGGCAGUACAGCCUCAAGUGUCCGAGCUGUACACACAAGCUGACGAGCUGUGGCUUGUAUAAGACCGUGCGCAGAGUUCUGGACCUUGAUGGCUGGUACUACAUGGGUACAGAGUACCUGGAGUGCAGGUACUGCACAAAGAAGGUGGCUGCUUGGUCCAGGAGUGUGAGGGAGCAGCUGGACUAUAGCCACCAGCUGCUCUUCCCUGCUGAGCUGGCGUACAGGCUGUCCUGUGACAAAAAGGUGCUCAGCCAGAUGAAGGGGCGAACGCUCGGUAACAGCGCUAACCGGCUUCACUCCUUCCUGGUUAAAAACCACACAGAGGAGUGGAUGUCCAGGUGCCUGCUGUACUUGGAGACUUGUGGAAAGUUUCAAGUAGCAGGGGUACAUCUGGCUCCUACAGCUCAUCCCCUCAGAAUGCAGCCUGUACCCACUAGCGGCUGGCUGCUCUCCGCCUAUGCCAGAGAGACCUUCAGCCAGAUGGAGGAGCUUCAGGCCAGCGUGACAUCCAUCUUUGGCUCCAUCCUGAAGAUGGAGUCCACUAAGAAGGUCAUCAAGAAGUUGGCUGGAGUGGAUGAUGGGACGGCUCAGUGGAUGAGCAGCGUGGGGAACGAGCUGGGUCAGGUUCUGAUCUGCGUCGUGACGGCGGGGGAGGGAUAUGGGCUGCAGGACAUGGCCAUGGGCCUGCAGAAGCGCUAUGAGCUGGCCCGCCGCACCCCCCCUGAAGUCCUGUACGUGGACCGGGACUGCUGCAGGGCGGAUGGAGACAGCGGUGCGGCCGCCCCUCUGUUCGCCUCAUGGCCACUGCUCGAGAUCCGACUGGACAUCUGGCACUUCAUCCGCAGGCUGGCAGCUGGGGUCACCGCGGAGAGCCACCCUCUCUACCCAGACUUCAUGCAGCGCAUCUCUGCCUCCAUCUUUGAGUGGGACACGGAGGACGUGUCCCGCCUGAAGAGGGCCAAGCAGGCAGAGCAGUCCAGGAGGGGCACCGUGCAGAGCGCCAAGGAGAUGGCUCGGCACUGUCGGCGUCGCACCCGUGGGGCACAGGAAACCGGGCGCCUCCUCUCUGAGACCAUCCAUGACUUCAUGGGAGCCACUGACACCAUGAACAUUCCCCUGCUGGACCAGGCCCGCAUGGAGGACAUCUGGAGGACGCAGAGGAAGCAUGUGGCCUGCAUCCAGGAUCCUCUGGGUGUCCAGAUGUACACCAGGACUGGACAGGUGACCAAAGGAGGGGUGGUUCUCCCCGUAUAUCGCUGUGCCCGGGGGUCCAAAUCUCUGGAGUCGUUCCACCUGCACCUGAACAGGUUCAUCCCAGGGACAUCAGCCAGCGGCUGCCACUUCCAAAUGUAUCUGUUGGAGGGUUUGGCUCGGUGGAACGAGGAGCGAGCUCAGGCGGUGGUGGGCGCAGAGAAGAUGGGGAUGAAGUGUUACGUAGGGAAGAAGCAGCACAGUCUCUUCCAGCUGACGCAGCGCUUACUUGGAGUGACGCUGCUUGAGAGCUACAGCAAGCCACUGAAGUAUACAGGGGAGCUGAUCGGGAUGAGCUACCUGUACGCUCAGACGGGACAGGAGCUGCAGAUAUUCCCCGAUGACCCAGAUGAACCAGAUGGCAGUGAGGAGAUCGUCUUGGAGGAUGAUGAGGAGUCAGAGGAAGACAGGCUGCUGGAUGUUUUGGGGGAAGAUCUGGACGAGGGGUUUAGCGAGCUUGCAGAGGACCCACUGGGCCCAUCCCUUCAAACUCCUCCUUUUCAGCCACCAUCUGCUCCUGCCAUUUCUUCUUCUGGUCAUACUCCUCCUCAUUCCCUCCAAGGAACAUCUGGUGAUCAGGAGGUUGCUGUUGGACCUGACGGAACCCCCGGCUACCAGCACGUGGUUCGGCUGGCUCGCAAACUGGUAGAGCUCUGCAGCAAGGGCUACAUCAGCAACGCUGAGGUGGAGAAGAUUGUAGGUCUCUGGCAAAACCUCCCUGAGGUCGAUAAGGGGCCCAUAGCGUUUCCUUCACGCUACAAAGAUUCCCUGAAUAAGGGCAUGAAGCGCUGCGUCGCCGGAAGUGGUCCCGCCUCGUGGCCCGACGCCAGCCGCCUGGUGGAGGCCAUCUUCAAGGAGCUGUGUGCCCUGUACCCAGGAAGCAGGAGGGUGGAGGGUGCAGUAAUCAGCCAGUGGACUUUGGUCUUAAGGGACUACAACUCCAUCAGAAACGUGGUCCUCAGCCAUCCGGCCCUCAAGACCAGGACCACCCUCCAGCUGUUCGCCGUAAACCAGAGCACCCUCUCUCAGUGGUACAGGAAGUUGACGGCCAUAGAUGAGAGGACCACCCUCAUGGCUGGUGUUGCCCCACUCCAGGCUCCUACAGAGGCGAAAGAGUCUUUGUUGCCUGCCAAGGAGCUCCAGGAACCCCAGCCUGUUCCCAGCACCUCCUCAGUCUUCAGGAACCUGCAGCCGCUUGAGACCAGGGAGAAGGAGGCCAGAGCAGGCCCUUCAGAGACGCCCUCCAUUUCUGCACCAUCCACCAGCUCCUCCACACAGGAUGCUGCUCCCCCUCUCCCCACCACAGCACACGCAACGGCCCACACCACCCAUGUUCCGAAGUCCACAGCAUGGAACAGGAAAAAAAUCCAACAGCUGCAAGAGGCGGCAGCCAAGGAGGGGGUGACCCUUAAAGUCAGAGCUCCCUCCAUUAAUAUCUGCCGCCACUGUGGGAUUCGAAAAAUUAGGCAGACGGGCCACAGACUGCUGAUGAAGGCCAGUGGGGAGAGGGUGAACUACUGCCCCAUGGCUGCCAAGGGACAGCGUCCAGAGGAGUGGCUGGCCUCUCUCUGACCAUUGUAAAUAGUUUCAUUUGUACAUAGUUUAGUUUGUAUAUAGUUUCAAUAUUUUUAAAUACUUUCUGUGUUAAAUAAUUGUAUUUGUUGUUCUCAGUGCAAUCACAUGUUACAUGUCAGUUUAAUUGGUUGAAUAGUUUCAAAAUGAAUAAAACAUUGAAUUUUGCA